UCUGAUCAAUAUGCUCCCAUAGAUAAUCUAAACUGCGUGGUAUAGAUAUUUUUUCAAAAAGUAUAAAGCAGUGUUAUAUGGUAACAUUAGUUAAAAUGUCACCACGUCUCAAAAUAUCAAGCUAUGUUAUCGAGAGGUUGUCGAAGAUAGACACAAACGUAAGUACAGGAUGUCUUUACGGGCUAAUGUACGAUGGGACGCUGCUUGUGGUUGGACUUAGCAUUGAACUGUUUGAAAAUGAAAAGAACACUUACAGUCAACUUUUGCUCAAUUUGCCGGCCGAAAUAGAAUUAUGUGGUGUCGUAAAAUUCAGCGACUCCCUGACAAUGGGAACAUCAGUGAAGGAAAUUUUGCAGAAUGUAGACAUAACUGAUAAUCCAUUGGUCAUGAUAGUAAAUGAGAAGAAAGACAUGAAGACACAUUUCUUAGUUCAUGACAAAUUUGAAGAAACAAAGUAUGAAGUGCUUAGUUCAGAUGAGUUGUGGACACAGUUUCUUCAUGUUCGUUUGGAUACAGUAUUGCCUUUAAGUUGUGAAGCAACAAUCUCAGGUGUCAAAAAUAUCAUGCAGAAUAAAAGGAAAAAGAUAGCAUCAGGGCAAGUAUCAUUCCAUAUAAAUGGUACUCAAGUAUAUUUAUUUGGUGUUGCAUCAGAUGUGGGUUUAACGGGCACUAGCACCGAGGGUACUAUUGGAGAACUUGUGGACUCAAUGAACCCUGAACAAUCCACUAAAAAAAAGAAGCAGACUGUGAAUAUUGAAAUAGUACCUGUAAACCUAGUUUUAAAAACAACUAAGGACAUGCUAUCAGACAAACUCGUCAAAACUGCUGUAAAAAUGAUGACAACACAACGAAAUCCUGCAUACUGCAUUAGUAUGCCACUGCGUAUAGACUCUCUGGCGAUAAUACACAGGAAUACCAAGCUACUGGAACUUUAUACUGUGAUGGUAGAAGCAGCCUGCAGGUCACUUCGGUUGUUAGAAAGUGUAUUAAUAGAACAAUUGGGCCAAGAAGGUAUUGGCGACGGUGCUGGCUUACGUUUGCCAGAAACUUAUCAUUUUUUACCACAAGAAAUUGGUCAUUUCAUAACCAGGAUUGUGCCAAAGGGGAUACCUGAUGAAAGUAUGGAAAAAGAAAGGCGGGUACUUCACGAACAAUUAGGCUUGUCGUUAAACAGGCCCGUAUUCCGCAGAGGUAAUACGUACCUAACCGUUAAUGAUGGACGUUUAAUAAAUCCACACGAGGCUAUACCUCAGCCACCGUCAAAGAUGGAUGUCACAACAAGUUUGGUGCGCGGAAGAUAUGCCUACUAUCACUACAUGCAAGAUAAUUUUAAUGAUGAUGGAUGGGGUUGUGCGUAUCGCUCCAUGCAAACCAUAUUCUCUUGGUUCAGGUUCCAGGGAUACACUACAGUGGAAGUACCAUCUUUACGAGACAUACAACAGUGCCUUGUCAAGAUUGGAGACAAACAGUCUUCAUUCUUAGGUUCGAAGCAAUGGAUAGGAUCGACAGAAGUUAUGUUUUGUUUGGAAACACUUCUGGGCGUGCAAUCAAGGAUAAUAUUUGCAAAUACAGGAAAAGAUAUGCAAAAUUAUAUACAUGAGCUGAUUCACCACUUCCAAACACACGGAAGCCCUAUUAUGAUUGGUGGCGGAGUUUUGGCACACACUAUAUUAGGCGUUGAACACAAUUCUGCGACAAACGAAAUUAGAUAUCUUAUUUUAGACCCCCAUUACACUGGUGCUGAAGAUCUAACCACAGUUAUAAACAAGGGCUGGUGUGGCUGGAAAAACUCAGAUUUCUGGAACAAGACAGUUCAUUAUAAUCUGUGUUUGCCACAAACUAAAUACGCAAUUUAAAUGCGCAUAAUUUGUCCAAUCAAUUCGCGUUUAUUAAUUUUAUUUAAAUGAUUUUAAGAACAUUAAACGCCAUAUUCAACAGAAAUGAGUGCUAUUUUGGGUCUUUCUCAUACUAGACAAUCUUAUCUAGCCCAGUUUGUAUGGGAUGCCGGGUAAAGAUAUUAUUGCAUAAUAUUUACGCUAAUUUGUAAUUGAGGGAUUUUCAUAGCAAUUUGUUGAUGUGUGAAACUAAAAAUGGGCGUACAAUGUACAUAUACAGGUUAUUCCUCAUAUUAGGUGUCCAUGCAAUUCCGACAAAUGUGUAUUUAAUUUCUAAUAAUGUGAUUAAUUAAUAUCUAGAGUGUUAUAAAAUGUUUAGGGAUUAGAAAAGUAUACGGGUACGGCGAAACGGAAACUUCGGAAUAUCAUCGAUUUAAGGGUGAAGAGAAUAAAACAAUAAUAAUUAAAACUGCAGUAAAAUAGCAUUCCAGAAAAAUAAAUUAAAAGUCUAGGACAUAAAAUUUUUCUUUUUUUGUACACAGGAACUCACGCGAAUAAUUUUAAUCCCUGGGCUAUUUAUAUUAUACUAUCUCAAACAUAACACUAUUGAGAUCAUCUCAGGGCCGUUUAUAUGUAAAUCGUAAAAAUUAUUCUCAUAUCCUAUAUUUAUAUUACGUUAGAAACGGCAUAAUUAUUAUUUGGUACAUCUGAAUAUUUAGUUUGAUUAGUUACUUUUAAAAUAGGUUUUGUGAAAAAGUGUCUGCAUUAAAAAGCACUUUUUUUUAUAGUAUGAUGUGAGAUAUUAAUUUUAAAACUGCAUUUUAUGAAUGAAAUAUAUUUUAUUAUUUGCAUUUAACAUUUAUCUAAAAAAAAACUAAUUUCCGACAAGUAACAUCAAAAGUAUUGCUAAAGAAAUUUGAAUAUUCCCGGAGAUAUAGAGUAAGACUGAAGGAGAAUAAUGAAAGCUAUGUUAUUUACUGGGUCGAAGUAAGAUGUCUAUAUAAAAUUAGUGGGCGCGGUUACUUUCUAACACAAAGUAUGAGGAUAUGUACACAUACUACUGUUAGUAAAGAAACACUGGUUGAACAAGCACUUCUUGUACUGGUUUUGUUUACUGUAGUCAUGAUUGUUGUAUUUUAAAUUGUUCUAAUCUGCUUUGUCUCAUAUUACGUAUAUAUUUUAUUAUUAUGACAAAAUAUCAAAAGCAUGUAAGUUAAAUGGAAUUGUUAUAUUUUGUACCGAUUAAAAAUGAAUUAACUGAA